AUGGCUGGCUUCUUCAACAAACUGAAGAGCGCGGGCAAUACCACCUCGAGUCCAACAAGCAAAGAUGUGCUGAGCAAAAAGGUCAAGGAGGAGCCAGCGCCGGAGCUCACACCUUUGGAAAAGAUGCUGCAGAACGCUGGUCCAUUGAGGGAAGACGGAACUGACAAGUUCUUCGGUCUGGAGAAUUUUGGUAACACUUGUUAUUGCAACUCGAUUGUUCAAGCAUUGUUCUACUCAGAAUCCUUCCGAGACCACGUCGUCAAGUACCCCACACUAUCACCUACCGAUACCCCGAACGGAACUCGACCAAAGGUGAAUGUGACGAUCCGACCGCCAGUCGCGAAAGAGCCUCCGAAUACGCCCGGAGCGAAACAGAAAGGCCUGAGUGCAUCGGAGUCAAUGAAGCGCAGGCAGGCCAUCACAGCUGGAAUGCCACCUCCAGGAGCGCCAGGUAUACGACCUGAAGACAAGCCUGAUUCGCCAGAGUACAAGAAGAAACAUGCCAUGAUUAAGGGCCCGAUUCUCGAGCUAGCACAAGAGAACCCCUCCGCCUACGGCAUGGAAGAAUGCACCUUCACCGGUCUCAAAGACAUCUUCCAGGCACUUAUCGAGAGCAAUACUAGGACAGGCGUGUUGAGCCCUCAGCGAUUCCUGGAAAUCUUCAAACGAGACAACGAGAUGUUUCGAAACUCGAUGCACCAGGAUGCUCACGAGUUCUAUGGUCUCGUUUUGAACGAUGUCAUCUCCAACGUGGAAGCAAAUGCCAAACGAAUUCAAGAGCGACAGGCCGAGAAUAAAGACGGACUGAUCCAGUCAGUGGAGAACGCUCUUGGCGCGACUAGUCUGAUAAACCGACCAGUGAAUGGUGUGGGAUCUCCCGGAACCGGCUGGGUUCAUGACAUCUUUGAGGGUGUAUUGACCUCCGAAACCAAAUGCCUGACCUGCGAAACGGCCUCGCAAAGAGAUGAGACGUUCCUGGAUCUGUCCAUCGACCUCGAGGAGCAUUCGUCAGUUACGUCUUGCUUGCGCAAAUUUUCCGCUGAGGAGAUGUUGUGUGAGCGCAACAAAUUCCACUGCGACCAUUGUGGUGGGCUUCAAGAGGCCGAGAAGCGCAUGAAGAUCAAGCGUUUACCAAAGGUUCUCGCGUUGCACCUGAAACGAUUCAAGUAUACCGAGGAUUACAGUCGACUGCAGAAGCUCUUCCAUCGGGUCGUCUAUCCGUACCAUCUGCGCAUGUUUAACACGACCGACGAUGCAGAAGAUCCUGAUCGACUCUAUGAACUAUACGCUGUCGUUGUUCAUAUCGGUGGAAACGCCUAUCACGGCCACUACGUAUCAGUGAUCAAGACGAAAGAUCGGGGUUGGGUUCUGUUUGAUGACGAAAUGGUGGAGCCGGUCGACAAACAUUUUGUGCGGAACUUCUUUGGGGACAAGCCUGGCAUGGCAUGUGCAUAUGUCCUCUUCUAUCAAGAAACCACCUUCGAGAAGGUACAAGCUGAGAUGGAGGCUGAGGGUCUGGAGGAGGUCAAAAUCGCCAGUGAGGCCGCUAAUGUUGCUCAUGAAAAUGGCCAACCAAACGGUACGACACCGCUCUCGAAACAGUUUACGCAACCAGUCAGUCCUAUUGAGGAACGAGAGCCGCUGCCCAGUCUGGCACAUGCACAGACGGCCCCAGGCAAGGUGGAUGCUCCGCCACCCGAGAAGCUUCCUCCUCCUGUGACAGAUACACCGGCCACUCCUGCUGUCCCCCCAAUCCCAUCCAACCUCGCCAGAUCAAACACGGGCGCCAAGGCAGACAAGUCUAAGGAAGACAAGAAGCGGGAGAAGAAGGAGCAGGAAGCAGCGGACAAGGCCAGAAAACAAGCUGAGAAAGAGCAGGAGAAGCUCAAAGACAAGGAACACCGAGAGAGUAUGGCCAGGGCAAGAACGGCUCAUGCACGAGAAGCCGAAGAUAUGCGCAGAGCAAUCAAGGCCAGCAUGCAAUCAGCAGAAGGAGACACCAAGAAGAAGGAGUCGUCAAGCUCAGGCAGUUUCCUUAACCGAUCCAGCCGUGCUAGCAAAUCGAUGAGCAGGAAGAGUUUUGGAUUCCUCAGCAAAGACAAGGACAAGGCUGAAUCGCACCAGUCAUCUGAGAAUGGGCACGCCAGCCCAGAAGGCAUGCCGAGUCAGCCCGAGAAGCCCAAAGAGUUGAGGGAGCGAUUCAGUUUCAACCUCGGCCGGAAGAAGAGCGGCAAUCUGCUGUCAUGA